ACAAAACUCGUAACUAAUUUCCGGGCUACUAAACUCUAAAACCUCAGCUCCGUAGCUCCGCUGCUAGUGAAGACUGAAGAACAAGAGUAAGAAAACGCAAAAUUAGGGCAUCCAAUUCUUUUUCUCCGAUAUCUGAUUUUCCGAAAAUUCUUUCUCCAAAUUUUCCCCAAUUGAUUUUAUUCGAGCUUAAUACAUUAUCCAAGAUGAGUACUAUGAAAUUUUGCCGCGAAUGCAACAAUAUUCUGUACCCAAAGGAGGACAAAGAUCACAAGAUUCUCCUUUACGCUUGCCGAAAUUGCGAUCACCAGGAGGUUGCUGAUAACAAUUGCGUAUACAGAAAUGAGAUACAUCAUGCUGUUGGUGAACGUACUCAGGUCUUACAAGAUGUAGCUGCAGAUCCAACUCUUCCCCGUACGAAGUCAGUCCGUUGUACUCAAUGCAAUCAUGGAGAGGCUGUAUUUUUCCAGGCAACAUCUAGAGGAGAGGAAGGUAUGACGUUGUUCUUUGUCUGCUGCAAUCCAAGCUGUGGUCAUCGCUGGAGAGAUUGAUCGUCCCAACUUUAUGCUAAUGAAUCUGCUCUUACCAGCUGUUCCUGAUAUCGUGUAUAUUCUAAAACCAACAGCAGGACUAACAUUUGUGGUUUAGUUACACAAUCUGGUUUAUAGUUUAAGGGUAAAGGAGGCCUUGACUCUACAAAUGUGUUAAAAGGGGGCAUACUAUAAAAUGGGAUUAUGGUUUCGUUCUUUCAUCGUGUCUAGCUUUAUGACCACCUCGUUUUACACAUUGAGGGCUGUUCAAAAAGCAGUUCGGACCAUAUAGAUGGACUGGACCGAAGGAACCGGUUCAUUCUCUGGAUCAAGAAAUUUAAAAAACUAGUCUUGGAUUGGAUCAGUGUUUUU